AUGGGAUGGCCUACUCCACCUUCAGUAGUGGAGUUGGAGAAUUUAUUGGUAAAUCAAGAGGAGUUAGUUAAGAAGAUGGGGAGCAUAACCAUAAAGGAAGAAGAGGAGGCACUUUUCACUAAGAAGAAGAGCCCACACCAAAAACAAUGGAAGCCCAAGCCUAAGUGGACAGAAGGUGGGAAAGAACAUCCAAAGGAGAGAAGCAACUCUUCAGGGGGAGACCAACGAGAAAGACAAGGACCAAAAUGGUACGAGAAGAAUGCAAGGAGACCAAGUGAUGGAUGCUUCAACUGUGGCAAGGCUGGUCACUUUGCUCGAGAAUGCCGAUUUCCAAGGAGGUCAAAUGAUGGAUGCUCCAAUUGUGGUAAGAAAUGUCACCUUACUCGAGAAUGUCGAUAUCCAAGAAGGCGUUAUGAAGGGAAUGUGGCCACCACAAAGGAGAAAGAGGAGAUCACUCUAGAAGCAUCCAUGAGCGAAGAAGAAUGA